AUGGUUACUAUCUUCGAUAAUCUGGCUGAUCUAUCAUUGAUAGAAAUAUUUUCUUAUUUAUCUUGUGUAGAUGCUUUAUGGUGUUUCAAUAAUCUCAAUAUUCGUCUAACAAGAUUAUUAAUUGAACGUGGCUUUUAUUAUCAUAUUAAUUUAUCAUCCACACGGUUUCAUCGAUUCAGAAAAUUUUUAUCAUUACUUCGAUUCAAUGAAAUCGAAUCACUUAUCAUUGAUUGUUAUUCAUCCCCUCUUCAAUUAAGAUGUUGGCCUUAUUUACCACAUUUAAGAAUAUUGAAAGUAAAAGGUGUACGAAACGUCAUUAAUGUUUUUAAUUUUGCACAACGACAUUCUACCACAUUAACUCAUUUAGUAGUCAAAUCAAGCGAGUAUUUUAAAACAGGUGGUUUAACUGCAAAACUAUGUUAUCCAUUAUGGAAUUUAUGCGAAUUUAUUACUGAAAUUCUUAAUCAUAUGUCUGCUCUUUGUUCACUUGAUUUGGGAAUGGGAUCAUCUUUUUUCUUACAUCGUUGGCCUUUUAAAACAAUACAAAUGCCUUUAACUUAUUUGGCUAUUACUUUAAGUGUAACGCACACUUUGUUAGAUAUAAUGUCGACUGAACCAUUGUCACAUACAUUAGAACAAUUACACAUUAAAUUAUGUGGUGGACCUGGCCUUAUGGAGAGUUUAGGUGCUAUACGUCUUUUACCUCAAAUGAAAGUUCUACAUACAUUUAGUUUUGUUAAAUCAUUUAAUUGGCAUUCGUUUCUUGAAUGGACAUUUGUUAAAAUAUUAACUUCUUCUAAUAUUAUGCCGGUACUACGACGAAUAAAUUUUUCUCUUGUUAUUAGUGUUGAUGAUCUUAUUCGAAUGAGAAAUUCCGCACUUUUCACGGAUUUUCGUCAUAUUGAUAUUCAUUAUGCAUUUAUUAUUAAUGAUGAUUGUCCACAUAUAGAACUUCUCAACUAUGUACCACGUGGUAGCCAAUCGCAUUCUCGUCAAAUAGCUAGUGCAACAUUUAUUUCUGACUGUUGGCCUGAUAAUCAACCAUUCAGGACUCCAGGACAAUUUUAUUUCGCGAAAUCAAAAAAUCGACAACAUCUAUUCUACACUUUACCAUGGAUUUUUAAUGAAUUUUUUAAAUUAAGUGUUCCAGAUAGAUGUAUUAGUGAAGUAGAAGUAUUUAUAUCUUCUUCUUCAAUUACUAAAAUUCAUUCAUCUUAUUUAACUGAAUUGAAUGUGUCAGAUAAUCUUGCAUCACCUGCAAGUUUCUUCCCUCAAAUAAUGUCUUCGAAUAGGAUAAUGGAACUUCGUUUAUACCGAUGUAAUAGACAAGUAUCUAUGAAUUUAUCAAAUGUUUCUCAUCUUAUUCUUAUUGAUGGUUUGGAUUCACUGAAUAGUUCUUUACUUUCAUUAAAUAUUCGAUCUAUUCAAAUCAUUCUGCAUCAUGAAUGUCUUCGUUUUGCUGCUGAUGAUUGGACUGCUUUACAUACGCUCUCAACUUUACCAUUGUUGAACUCUUUACGUAUAAUUUUAUAUGGUAUGCAUAGUCCUCCAGAUGGUACAAAUUGCCAAAUUAUUGCGGAGACAACACCAAACUUAUUGGAUUUCUCUUUUUGUUUUCGACGUAUUAAUUGUGAAGAUCGGUAUGAUAUUAAAUCAGCAUUCAAGAAACAUUGUUUAUUCAUCAAACAAUUACGGAAUUCUAUUCUUAAUUUAUCAUUAAAUAAAAAAGCAUAUGAUUAUGUUGAAAAAGAUGGUUGUGGACUUAUUAUGUGGUUUUAA